CCUUCAUAUCGAACCAACCAUAGCCAUGAGAACUAUUCUAGGAAGAGAAGACAUAGCAGCUAGAUUUGUCGGAAGACACAUCGUGCACAUUCACGCAUGCACCGAAGUAAUCGCUGCCACCGUGUUUCAUAAUCACACGAUCAAUGGAACCUGCUAUCUGGAAACGCCACUGCUAACAAAGCAAGGAGAACUAUGGUUCGCGUCUCCCGGUUCACAAGAUGUUUUCCCUAAUGGAAAGGAAAUCUCCUGCGAACAAGUACCAACGGACAUUUGGCACGAGAACGACCAAUGGAUAGGAAUCAACGGAUCAGUAGAAAUAACACCAAUGCAGCUGAUUGAAGCCGCCCAUCAUUCGAAAGUCACACCACUCAAAUUCACCGGAGUGAAUUUGUAUGCAAACCUGACUUCAAGGACUACUGCAAUGAGCGCUGCUAUAGCUUAUGGAGCUAGUUUAGCCUCAAUCCGACAAAACCACAUACUGCACGUUAUCCACAACAACCCAAGAGUGGAAUCUACCUUCACACUU